GACACCCCGCGACGAUGCUUCGUAUGCUUGACGGACGAGGAACCUACAGACCCUCCAGGCUCGUGGGUUGACCCGUGCCCAUGCACGCUGGAAGCGCAUCAAGACUGCAUGCUCUCGUGGGUGACGGACUGCGAGCGAUCUAAUAAACCUCUUAAAUGCCCUGUGUGCAAGUCAGAUAUCCAGAUGGAAGGCCCGUGGGACCCCAUCGCCCAUAUACACGACGUCAUACAUCGCAAGUUCACGCGCGCAAGCCCGUUUAUUCUGCUGACGGGCGUGUCGGUGGGCGUGCAGUUCAGCUUGCAAAUGUACGGCGCCAUGGCGUUGUGGACGUUUGCAGGCAAAGAGGCCCUGCUUCGCUUCGCCUUGGGGCCGGAGAUGCUCAUCGACGGGCGAUCGCCUGGAGCGCUCAGGUUCGCCAAGGAGCGCAUAGUGAAUGCGCUGGUACUCAUGAAUGUUGCGCCGACGCUGCUCAUCAGCCAACUGCUGCCGGGCCUCACCAACAGAUACUUUAUGCAGUCUGCAUCCAUCUACGGAAUCUACAGCAUGAUUCGGAACGACAACUUCCUGGAGUGGCCCCCUUCUCCACGACUGGCCAUGGUGGCACUGCCCAUCAUGCGCAAGGCCUACUUUAGCCUCUGGAGAGACUUUGUCAUGCCGUACGAAGUGAAGCUGAACCGACAGAUUUCGGGGCUGCCGCCUCUCGACCCGCGAGAGAAUGGCGACGCUGCCCAAAACCGACAAGACCUGGAACGCAACGGAGAGGGAGGAUUUGUUGGUCUGCUCCAAAACAUUCUUGAUGUAUUGGACCCAGAUGAAGAGGAACCGGCUGCCGGGGCCAAUAACGGUGGCCAUGAAGCACGUCCAGGAGGUCAUAACGAAAUUCGCCUGGAGCAACGCGAGGAGGGUGAUGAGAUUAGGGUUGAACUUCUCAUUCAGGAGAUUGAAGAAGGCGGGGUUGAGAUACCGGGAGCAGACAACGACGGCCAAGAUGCUCAUCCGCAAUGGGACCAGGUCCCAGGCGACCUUGCAGACGGGCACCGCCAGGAAAACCAACGCGACGCACCUCAGGCGCCGCCUGCACGCAGAAUGGGACUCGGUGGCCUACUAUCUAGCGUUUCCAACUCCAUAGUAGGAGCCCUUCUUCUGCCAGGCAUCUCCUUUGCCAUGGGUGAAGCUCUACGGCUGAUACUCCCGCGGUCUUGGACAACGACUCCGUCUGCUAGAAACCACUGGCUGUUUGGGGUAUCAUCUUCAGGGCGUCCCGGCUUGCUGCAGCAGCAAUGGGGCCGCAGCUUGGUAGGAGGAUGUCUCUACGUCGUCCUGAACGACAUGCUCAGGGUGUACAGCAAGUCUCGCCGGGUGGCAGCCAUGCAGAACCGCAAGGUGAAGAACGUAGAUAGGCCCCGACGGAAGAAAUAA